CACUCUACUCUACUGUUUUGCAUUUACUUUGUGUGGACUAAAUAAAGCUAUACGAUCCUUCCUGGAAGGCGAUUCUGAUGUUGACGAAAUGAUUCUACAUAAUUAUCACAUACUUUGUUGACUAAAUGCUAGUCAUUCCUUUUUGUCCAUUAGUAAUAUGUUCCUUCCUAGAAGAAUAUUAUGGUGUUUUUGGUCAUCUUCAUCUUCUUUCUUUUUUAGUUCUUCCUUUACUUCUUCAUUUGUUCACAAAUUUCUUGUAUCAGACUAGAUUACCCAAAUAUUCAUCUCUAGUAUUUUGCUUUCUCUACCUUCUUCAAACUCAGUUAUCAUGGCUUCUACAUCUUCAUCAGCCCCUCCCUGCAAGUACGAUGUUUUUAUUAGUUUUAGAGGCAAAGAUACCCGUUAUGGUAUUCUCUCCCAUCUCUUUGAAGCUUUGCAGGGAAAGCAAAUCAAUGCCUUCUUGGAUGAAGAACUUCGUAAAGGAGAAGAGAUCUCACCAGCUCUCUUGAAAAUAAUCCAAGAAUCCAGUGUCUCAAUAGUCAUUUUCUCUGAAAAUUAUGCAGAUUCUGCAUGGUGCUUGGAUGAGCUUGUUGAGAUACUUAAAUGCAGGGAAGAAUCAGGACAAAUAGUCCUACCAGUUUUUUACAAAGUAGAUCCCACUGAGGUUCAAGACCUGACAGGGAAUUUCGGGAAGGCACUUGCUAUGCAUGGAGAAAAAGGCAAUUCACAGAAGGUGGACAGCUGGAAGCGUGCUUUGAUGGAAGUAAGCAACUUUGCAGGAUGGGAUUUACAGGAAAUCAAAUAUGAGGCCAAAUUAGUUGAGGGAAUUGUCAAUGAUGUUUUGAACAAAUUUAGUGAUAUGUCUAAAGGUGAUGAUUCUUAUGAUCUCAACUUGAUUGGAAUUAAACUGCGUGUGGAAGAAGUGGAACGGUUGUUAAAUGAGAAGCAGAUUGUAGGAAUUUGGGGGAUGGGAGGCAUUGGUAAAACAACUAUUGCACAAGAAGUAUUUCAUCGAAACAAGAAUAAAUUUGAUGGUCAUUGUUUCGUUGAAAAUGUUAGGGAAACAAUGACAAAGCAAUCAUCAAAUUCAGUGCGAGUCAAAAUCAUUCAACAAUUAUUAAGGGACAAACAUGUAGACAGUUUGAAUGAUUCUACUAGGAGAAGGCUUAAGAGUAAGAAGGUAUUGAUUGUUUUUGAUGAUGUAGAGGAUCGAAACCAUUUAAAAGAUUUAGCAGGAGAGUGUGAUUUGUAUGGUGAGGGAAGUAGAAUCAUCAUAACUAGUAGAGAUUCACACGUACUUAAUUCUGAUUUUUCAGAGAAAGGCGUAUAUGAGGUUGAGAAGUUAAUUGAUUCUCAAAGUAUGGAACUCUUUAGCUUGCAUGCCUUCAACCAAAAUCUUCCUAAGGAAAAAUAUUUGGAGCUAUCAAAGAAGGUGACAAUCUAUGCUAGAGGCAAUCCACUUGCUCUUAAAGUUUUGGGAUCUCAUUUAUUUCGCAGGACGAUAAAAGAAUGGGAAAGUGAAUUGGAAAAAUUGGAAGGCAAAUCUCUUAAGAAAAUUCAAGAUGUUUUGAAAACAAGUUAUGAUGGGCUAGAAAAGAGUGAACAGGAAAUAUUUCUUGAUAUUGCAUGUUUCUUCAAAGGGGAAGAUAAAGAUGAGGUUGAGAGAAAAUUAAAAGCAUGUGGUUUCUAUCCAGAAAGUGGAAUACCUCGUCUAAUUGAGAAAUCUCUUAUAACUAUUUCAAACGGUGCGGUAGAUAUGCAUGACUUGUUAGAGCAAAUGGGCAAGGAUAUUGUUAAUGAGGAAUGCAAACAGCUUGGAAGGCGCAGCAGGUUGUGGAAUUAUGAAGAUAUUAAUCAUGUAUUGAUAACAGAAACGGUGAGGACCAAAUUAAUCACUGAAGCUUUGAUCAUUAUCAUAUUUGAAUUUUGUAAGAAUUGUAGAUCUCGUGACGAAUUAAGUAUUAAUCAAUAAUCCUUUUUGCUG